GCGCGCGGCUGCCAGCCUGCGGGACAUGCUCCCCGCGCCAGCGCCUUGCUGGCGGCCAUGAAGAAACAGAACGUGAGGACUCUGUCCCUCAUCGCCUGUACCUUUACCUACCUGCUGGUGGGCGCCGCGGUGUUCGACGCCCUCGAGUCCGACCACGAGAUGCGCGAAGAGGAGAAACUCAAGGCGGAGGAGAUCCGCAUCAGGGGCAAGUAUAAUAUCAGCACAGAGGACUACCGGCAGCUGGAGCUGGUGAUCCUGCAGUCGGAACCGCACCGCGCCGGCGUCCAGUGGAAAUUCGCCGGCUCCUUCUACUUUGCGAUCACGGUCAUCACCACCAUAGGUUAUGGGCACGCAGCCCCGGGAACCGACGCAGGCAAGGCCUUCUGCAUGUUCUACGCCGUGCUAGGCAUCCCGCUGACGCUGGUCAUGUUCCAGAGCCUGGGCGAGCGGAUGAACACCUUCGUCCGGUACCUGCUUAAGCGCAUCAAGAAGUGCUGCGGCAUGCGCAACACCGAGGUGUCCAUGGAGAACAUGGUGACGGUCGGCUUCUUCUCCUGCAUGGGCACGCUGUGCAUCGGGGCGGCCGCCUUCUCCCAGUGUGAGGAGUGGAGCUUCUUCCACGCCUACUACUACUGCUUCAUUACGCUGACCACCAUAGGCUUCGGAGACUACGUGGCGCUGCAGAGCAAAGGGGCCCUGCAGAGGAAGCCCUUCUACGUGGCCUUCAGCUUCAUGUACAUCCUGGUGGGGCUGACGGUCAUCGGGGCCUUCCUCAACCUGGUGGUCCUCCGGUUCCUGACCAUGAACAGCGACGAGGAGCGGGAAGCCGAGGAGGCGGCAGCCCUCCCAGGCAACCCGAGCAGCGUGGUGGCCCACAUCUCCGGGGAGGUGCGGCAGGUGCAGGUGCGCCCGAGGUCCCGGGGCGGCGAGGGCGGCGACCUGCAGUCCGUGUGCUCCUGCGCCUGCUACCGCUCGCAGCCGCAGAACUUCGGCGCCACGCUUGCCCCGCAGCCGCUGCACUCCAUCUCCUGCAGGGUGGAGGAGAUCUCGCCAAGCACACUGAAGAACAGCCUCUUCCCGUCCCCCAUCAGCUCCGUCUCGCCUGGCCUGCACAGCUUCGGCGACAACCACAGGCUGAUGCGGCGCCGGAAGUCCGUCUAAGUGUGGGGAGGGAGUAGAAACGGAAGAGUCAUUUGUCAUGUGGCUGCGUCUCUUCUCCAUACCAUCGGACCCCAGAGGGCACACGGAGGCUGACGGUAGUGAGUUCUCUGGCACGACGGGCAGGCUGGCAGGCCAUCUGGAAGCCUGCCAAGGCCUCUGCACAGGACGAAGGGCUUCACUGGACCCCUCCAGCCUACAUGUGUGAACCUGGGCAGUUCACCCUUCCUGGGAGGUAGAUCUGAGGACGACAGAGAGGACGGUGAUGCUCAAACCUGUGAUCCGGGUGAACAUGCCCAUCUGUGAAGGAAGGACUUGGAGGGGUGGGAUUGCUGCAGAAGGAUGGGGCGCAAUCCAUCUUGCAGAUAUUGGUGUGAACAACCUUCUGGGACACAGGGCUGGGAAUCUGCCUGCAGUGUCCGCCCAGAUUUGUACGAAAGGAAGUGUGGGACAAAUAGAGGUCAGUGGGAAUCUGGGUGCGGCUGGCCUUCUGUCACCCUUGACAUGGUGACAAUUAUUACAGGGCAAAGACCCUCCCAAGAGGGUCUUACAUCAUGCAUGGAACCAGAACAUGUCUCAAUGAUUGUUUCAUUUUCUUGAGCUAAAUCUUAAAAGUUGGGUAGAGAAACAAAAAUCUAAUGAAAAUAAAAAUGUGAUUAGUGGGAACCCAAUGAAGCAGAGGAGAGGAAAUUGGAGAUAGAGGACAGGAAGAAGUGUUCAAGGGGCAAGGAGUCUUAUUUGAGAAGUUUUUAGUCUUUAUAGUUUCCUGUAUACCUUUCGGCUCUUCACUCUGGACUUGAGAUUCUAGCUGGGUUGCUUGGAGACCUUGAUCAUCCAGAGUGUGGCUGAUUUUCAGGAGGUUUUGUACACUUCAGCCAUAAGCCUUGACCUCUCAAAGUCUGGCAGUGGGUGAUGGGGACGCUGAGCCUCUGCUCUGGCUUCCCUUCCUUCUUCAUAUAUAAUCAGGUUGUGUGGCCAUGACAAGUCACUUCUUGCCCUCUUCUGCAAAAGAUGGUUGACCAGGUGAGAAACAGACCUCUACCAGACAGGUACUGUAGAUAAAUGAAAUCAGUGUGAGACUCUUGGUUGGCAUUUUGGUGGGAAGGGGUGGAGGGGUGACAAGGCUGACUCCUCCCAGCAUGGGCUGGGCUCUUAGGUUGGGGCUAAUUUGUCUCCUGCAAGGAGCUCCAUUUCCCAGGUGAAGUUUUCUGACACACUUCUCUCACUGAGAAGUCAUGUUUCUGCCCUGCCCCUUGAACUCUUCUUUUGAUGGGUGCCCCCCAUCAAUUGGGCUCCAGUAAUCAGCAUUAGCCAGGUGCUUGGACAAUGGGGUGGGGGUGAACAUGGGUGGGGGUAUUUGCCGGUGAGCCAGAGCCCACCUUCCCAUGAGGUAAAUCCUUACCUUCCUUCACCUAAAGAGGAUGAGUAGUGAGCUGUAGUGGUGGGGCCUGGAGGCUCCACAGCACCCCUUUCUUUGUGCAGCAGUGGCUGGUGCAUGCAAUGGUCCCACAGUUCCUUGCAGUGCAGGUGGAGCACCUGUGGGUCAGCCACAGCGAGGCCACCGUGGAGUUAGAUGGUCAUUAGAUCAUGUACUUCUGAGGUCUUACAUCAUGCAUGGAACCAGAACAUGUCUCAAUGAUUGUUUCAUUUUCUUGAGCUAAAUCUUAAAAGUUGGGUAGAGAAACAAAAAUCUAAUGAAAAUAAAAAUGUGAUUAGUGGGAACCCAAUGAAGCAGAACCCACAAUUAGCAAGAUUUCUCUAUAAUUUGAUGGCUCCUCAGAGAAGCACAUACUCCUAAAAAGGGCUAAUUAUAUAUUUGCUUAUUCAGUCCACAAAUAGCAUUGUGACAGCUGGUUUUUGGCUGGGAAGGCCCUUACAAGGUCAUCUGAGCCCACUCCUGACUUAUCAGAAAUCUCCACCAAAUAGACUCUGCAUUGAACUAGGUGACACUAGGGACAUCACCAGCAAGAUUUAAGUAGGGGAACAGAUCAAGCCCAGCUGGGAGAUGUGAAGAUAUCUUGUUAUGUCCAAAACACUGAUGAGAAGAUUUGCAAUUAAAAACACAUAGGGAAAAAGGGACAAAGACACCAAAGAUGAUAGGCAGAAUUUAAACUACCAAGUUGAUUAACUAGGAGAAAGAGUUUCUAGUCUAUUCCUAUAGGCCAACAAAUUGCUGAUAAUCUCUCUUAGAUAUACAAUUUAAACUUCAGCUAAAUGUUCAUCCUGUACUUUGGGAAAUCAAAAAGCAAGAAAGAAAAUCAUUUAUGACCCCAGGCAUAGAAAUUAAACUUGAAUUGCUGUCAAACUUAUACCCAUUAAAAUGACUGGCCUAUACUCACAAAGGGGGUUAUUCUAGGGGGUUGGGCGCAUGGGAGUGUGGACCUUCACAUAAUCAUUUGGGGUGCAUUUGUGUGUGUGUGUGUGUGUGUGUGUGUGUGUGUGUAUGCAUUCUUUGGAUAUCUCUGAGUCUCUGUAUUUGUGUGUUGUGUUUUGUAGUUUUUUAAAAAUUGCUGGACAUCAGUGUGCAGUGCGGUGAGAGGACUGGGGAUUGGUUCGGAUGGUGAAGCUGCUGGAGGCCUGCCCAAACACAGCUUGGUGGUGGCAGUGGUGAGGCAUGGGUGGACUCCAGGACAGUUUUGCAAGAAAUGGGAUCCGGUUACCCUAGGGACCAGUGUGACCAUCCUAUGGUUUGUCCCAAGCCUCUUUCCAGGUGGUGGGAAAGUGGCUUUAGAUGCUCAGUUCAACUGAGGUGGAAGUCUCAGGCCUUGGUGGGACUCUGCACCAGACUUGAUAAAAACAACCAUUCCAGUGUGACUACAGCGAAGCAGAUUCAAAGAGGCCUUUGCUGCCCUGUAUGUUCCUGUGUGUGUCCUCUCUGCCUUGGUCUGAGCAGAGACGGUGUCUUCACAAAUGGCCUUAGAUUGCCAUUCUGAAGCUUAACAGAAUGCAACCACCAUCAAGUGAAUAUCAGGUAUAUUUAUUAUUGUAGCUUUCCUGAACAAUGAGAAAACAAAAUCCUGUGUCACCAAAUGUUUACUUAUCUUUGUAGACAUCCAGCUUAUGUAAAAUACAUACCUUGUGCAAGGGAUCGCACUUUCCUUUUGUAAUGAAUGCUUUAAACAACUCCGUAUACAUUUUAUGGUGACUUUACAGGAGGAAUCAUUUACUGCAGUGUUGUAAAAUGUACUUUUACAUUUUCUCUUUGUCCAUUAAAAUCUGUA